CCUUCACUUUUCGAUCUCGCGUUCUUCAGGCUCUUACCGGUCAAGUCCUUGCUCUCGCUCUCCAGCCCUCCGAGUCAAGUAAGCCUCUUCCCUUUUUUCGACUUCCCCUUCUUUUUUUCUCAGCUUUUCUCUCCGGUCGAUGUCUUCUUCUUAUAGCCAAGACAUUUCUGCCUCAGAUGCCCACGCAUCUGAGGAAUCCCCGUCUACCUCUUCGUCGACCGGGUCAUCUUCACCCGUUCUUGGACCCCGGUCGGUUCCCAAGCCCAAUAUCCCAGGACCGCGGCCGUAUACCGAGCCAGCCACCGCCCCAGACUUGGAAGAGAGUUUAGAGAAGCUUCUCCGAGGGGACCCGUUCACCGGGCAAAUGUUUCACUACGGGGCUUGGAUCUGGCGGAUCCAACCGGGUGGCCAGGGUACCGUUAUGGCUCACGAAGUAGCGGGGCACGGGGUACCCGCCCCGGGCAACACUGCAGAGGCCGGGGGCUCCAGCCACCCAGGGAUGAAUUUCAGAGUAUUCAACAUCCCAACGAAGAGGACCGGUGGCUCUUCCUCUGCUGCCCCAAAAACUGUACCGGUCCAACAGGAACCGGUGGAGAUCCAUUCGGAGGAGGAAACGCCUCCAACCGGGGGAGAUGCUCAGGCCAAGAACGCCCCGGUGAAUCCUCCCCUCGACAAGGGAAAGGGGAAGAUGAGGAUGAAGAAGGCCGCCACCACCCAUCCAGCGGCGAAGAGGAAAAGGGGGGAAAGUUCCCUGGCUGAGGAAUCGCUGGAGGAGCUCUGGGUCAAAUUGACCCUCAAGCUGAAAGAGAUGGGUGAAGUUAGGCCUGACGCCUUGGAGCAACUCACCGAAGAUUCCUCCUCCCGGUUGGCCCAGCUGGAAGAGAAGUUGAAGAGAUCCGAGGCCCACAACCGGGAGCUCAAGGACCUGACGGCCCGACAGUUAGAUGAGAUGGCAAAUAUUUCAGCAAUUGCUGGGGGGGCCAAGGCUGAGACUCUCCAGCUGAAGGAAGAGAACCUGAAGCUGAUGGAGGAGUUGGAGUCGAAGGAACGUGAGUUUCCCGGUAGGGCCCGCCGGUGGAUGGAGGACAAUCUGGUAGAAGCUGCCCGGGUUCUCACCUCUUUUGGGGAGAGGACCAUGGAGGGCUUGAGGCUAUUGUACCGGGAGGAGCAAGGGAAAGAGAUGAUCACCCAGAUUGGCUCCUACAGCUUUAUGUCUGGACAGAAACGAGACCGGGAGGCUACCCACGCAAUCCUGGCUGAACGGGACCCGACCUUCUCUGCCGACGCUUACGGCCUGGCUCCCAUCCCCAGUGAGGAACCCGAGCCCCCUUUUCCUUUGGAAUGAACUCCCCGGCUGCGCCCGGUUAUUUUUGUAAAAUUUCUAGACUUGAAAUUUCCCCGGGUAUGCCCGGCGUACUUGUAAACAUUUGACAUCUCCUGUUUUGUUAAAUGCAAUGUUUGUUUGCUUACCCGGUAAAUCUUGCCUUUGCCUCUUGAUUGAUACUUUGCUCUUGUUCCUUAGAAUCUCUUCAUAAAAUUUCUGGCCGGUU